GAUCUAGAGAAAUACCUGAAGUGAGUCCAAUUGAUUUAUAAAGAAAUGCCUCACUUCCCAAUUGAACAGUUGGAGCCUUGAGGUAGGGAAGGCAAGGUAAGAUCUCACAUGCCGCAAAAGUCAUACAAUUGAGUUUUUGAAAUUUCACACCUCUAAACAACAUCCUUUUCGAGAAUGGUUUUGGCACUUUGGCUAUUCCAUGCUGGUUCAGUAGGUCAUGACCUCGUUCGCGAAGAUCACGGUCAAGGCCAUCUCCUGCUCAGCACUCAGAUCAGGAAUCAUGGGUGUACGAAAUUUAGGCAGCAAUAUGACCUGUCUAAAUCUCGUCUCCUUGGGGACUAUUUUCUGAUUCAAAGGUUUGAUGCGGCAUACCUAGAAGUGUUGAGCGGUGAUUGGCUCGUUCGCUCCGUUGUUAAACAUUUCCAUGAGGGAAGAUACGAAGCGAGGCUGUGCGACUUCUACGGCACAGAUGACGCGUCGGUACGACGAGCCUCUCCGAACCCCUUCAGAGGCUCCAUUCUUCUCCAGCCUUAACCGCUCAAUUCUCUCA